UAAAUACCCGAUUUCAGGCUUAUUGUCAGUUUCGCUUCCUCUUCUUCGCCCUUCUUCUCCCACCCCAUCCCUUGAACACCACGCACGAUACGAUAUCACUUUAGUUGUCCAGAUCCUCAAUUUCUACUAAUAUCAAGUGCUGUCAUUUUCAUCAACUUACGGCUUGAAACUCAGCUUCCCACAGUUGGUUCGAUCUCACAGACCAACGAGCUCUCAAGCACUAUCGAGACAGUAUGCCUUUUAUUAAGGCUCUUGACCAUGCGAUACCGAAUGGACAGACAUUCAACAACCUAGCCAAAGCUCCCGGAGCUGUGGCGGGUGGUUUGACUUCCGCUGUGGGAUCAGUCGGCAAUAUGGUGGGUGUAGAACAAGUCAGAGGAGCCGCAGUUCACAUGUUUGAUCCGGAUGCAUCGCCAGCGGUAAAGGCUGCUGCGGCUGCUAAGGCAAAGGCAUCACUUGGUUUACCUAGCCGGGAUAAAGUGAGGGAAGGCAUAUCUGGGGACGGCGGGGGCGCGCGAGCUGUAAUCAUUGAUAGCUCCACAUCCGCCAACGCUCCGAAACCAACCGUGACACUUGCGGAUAUUGACAAGGCGUCUCAAGCUGAAGGUCAGAGGGAAGGCAGCGAUGAUAUGCCUGGCUCCAUCCCUUCCAACACGGCUCCCUCUAUCCCUACUUGGGUCAUGGCAGGCUGGAAGCAAGCAGCUGGCUUGGGAAAGACGGCAACAGCGAGAGAAGAAGCUACCGUUUUGCAAACUUACCUCACUGAGACAAUGUAUGGUGCUUGGUAUCACAAUGCGGCCGUCAUCCUUUUUGCCAUCCUAUCUACCCGUCUUCUCACUGUUCUUCAUCUCGACUGGGGUUGGAUUAUCGUUGUCCUUGCUUUUUGCUCGUCCUAUUACUCUAUCUCCAUCUCGCGAACUAGGCAGCGGGUUAGGGACGACAUCCAAAGAGAGCUGGUGAAAACGAGGCUAGUCACUGAGACUGAAAGCGCGGACUGGAUUAAUUCAUUUUUGGAAAGAUUUUGGCUUAUCUACGAGCCUGUCCUCAGUCAAACGAUCAUAGCAAGUACUGAUGCUGCUCUGGCUGGAGUAGCCCCUCCUGGCGUUGACAGCAUCCGUAUGACUACUUUUACUCUCGGUACUAAAGCUCCUCGUAUUGAUUAUGUCCGCACUUUCCCAAAAACUCCCGAGGAUGUUGUGAUCAUGGACUGGGCCUUGUCUUUCACUCCGAACGAUCUUGAAGACAUCACCCCUCGCCAAGCUGCCAAACAGGUAAACCCAAAAGUUGUGCUUAGCAUCCGAGUUGGUAAGGGUGCGCUGUCCAAGGCAUUGCCUGUCUUGCUGGAAGACAUGUCUUUCUCUGGCAAAAUGAGAAUCAAAUUGAAAUUGAUGACCAACUUUCCCCAUGUGCAGACAGUAGAUAUCAGUUUCAUUGAAAAGCCUACGUUCGACUAUGUGCUUAAGCCUAUUGGCGGAGAGACUUUGGGAUUUGACAUCAACAGUAUCCCAGGCCUCGCCCCAUUCAUCCGUGACCAAGUGCACUCCAAUCUCGGUCCCAUGAUGUACGACCCCAACGUUUUCACCAUCGAUUUGCAGCAACUCCUCUCCGGCACACCACUUGAUGCCGCUAUUGGCGUCCUUCGUGUCACUGUUCUUGACGCUCGCAACCUCAAAGCAACCAAAUUUGGUGGAGGUGAUCCCGAUCCUUAUGUGUCCUUCUCCAUAGGUGCAAAGCCGGCCAUCGCCCAGACUAAGACAAUCCGUUCUUCUUCCAACCCUAGUUUCCAUGAAACUCAGUUCCUUUUGAUUAAUUCCCUUGCCGACGUUCUCAACCUCAACGUUUUUGAUUUUAAUGACCAUCGUCCUGACAGCUUGCUCGGUACCGUUUCUCACGAGCUCGGCACGCUUGCCGACGACGCUGAGCAAGAGGGUAUUGUGGGCCAAAUUCUCGGCGGUGGCAAAGAUCGUGGCACACUUCGAUAUGAUCUGUCCUACUUCCCUGUCCUCAAGCCAGAGAAGAACGCUGAUGGCACACUUGAACCACUUCCGGACACUCAGACGGGCAUUGUUCGUCUUACCAUUCACCAAGCCAAGGACCUUGAUGUCUCACAUGCACUUCUGGGAGGGGGUGCUCUCAGUCCUUUCGCCAGCGUCUUCCUUGGUUCGGGCAAAAAUGAAGUUCAUAGGACCAAGGUUCUCAAACAUGCCAAUCAACCUAUUUGGGAAGAUGCAUGUGAAUUCCUUGUACCGGAGAAGCACAAUUCAGUUGUGACGGUUGCUAUCACCGACAGCAAGGACUUCGCAGUUGACCCGAGCUUGGGAAUGGUCACUAUUCGUCUGGCUGAUUUGCUCGAAGCCAAGGAAAGGCACCAAGACUGGUUCCCUCUCAAGGGCUCACGUCAGGGCAAGGUCCGUAUGACUGCUGAGUGGAAGGCCGUCGCUAUGACUGGUUCCAUUGGGGGUGCUAAUUCAUAUAUACCUCCAAUUGGUAUCCUUCGUGUAUGGCUCAAAAGAGCUGUAGAUGUGAAGAAUGUCGAGGCUGCUUUGGGUGGUAAAUCUGAUCCCUAUGUGAGGAUCAUGGGCAACAACCGUAUCAUGGCCCGAACUGAGGUUAUCAACAAUAAUCUUAAUCCCGAAUGGGAUCAGAUAAUCUAUGUGCCUGUGCACUCGAUUCGGGAACACUUCAUGCUCGAAGUGAUGGAUUAUCAAAAUAUCGGUAAAGACAGGUCGCUUGGUCACGUGGACUUGGCCGCUAGAGAUUACAUCGACGAAAGUGGCGAGCAGAAGUACCCUUACAUCUCAAAGGGUUCUCAAGAUAGGAGGGACAGAAUCAAACUUGACAAGGCAAACCAUUUCAAGGGUGAACUACAUUACGAAGUGGAUUUCAAGCCAGCCGUUUCUCUCCGAGGUGGAGUCUCUUUUGAUGCUCAGAAGAACGAGCUUGAAAUUGCAGCGGAAGCUGCUGAGGCUCAGUCUGCUGCGGAAGGCGCUAGUUCCAGUGUCACGGCUACAGUCACUCCAGAAGCCAACGGAUCCAUCAAGGCUGCGUCCGUACCUAGCGGUAUCGUUGGGGUCGACGAUGUUACUGCUGGAGAUGCCAAUGGUCAUGCCAAUCAGUCGGUCGUGGACGCCUCGAUAGCUGCAGCUGCUCUUACGGCCGAAGAAGAAGAUGCCCAACCGGAGACAGCUGCAGAGGAUCCGCGGGAGGGAGUAAUUAUGUCUACCGAGGAGAUUUUGUCAUGCCAAUCCGGAGUUAUAGUCUUCCAAGUUAUCUCUGGCAAACUUGCUCGGCGUGGCUCCCUUGAAGUUAUGUUUGAUGAUGGUUACUGGCCUGCUUUCACUUCAGGUAAAGCUCGCAGUAAUCACCCAACCUGGGACCAAGUUGGUGAAGGCUUUAUCCGUGAACUUGACUUUAGUCGAGUUUGGUUGAGAAUUAAUGCAGCCGAUGAGAAUAGUAAAGAGGAUGUUGUGGCUGAAUUCAAAUGUGACACUAAGGAUUUCCUGGAAAGGUCCAUUAACGCUCCUUAUGACUUCGUUCUUACUGAACCCGAUGGCUCGAAUAGAAGUAUUGUCCAGAUUGCUGCUCGCUUUGUACCUGUAGACAUUGUGCUUCAACCUCGAGAAAGUAUUAACAACAUGGGUAUCCUCAGGGUUGAUGUAAUAGAUGCUAAGGCAUUGCAUGGUGCUGAUAGGAGUGGUAAAUCUGAUCCAUAUGUGGUCUUUUCUUUGAACGACAUGAAGGUAUUCAAAUCGGAAACCAAAAAAAAAACCCUUCACCCCGUAUGGAAUGAGAGCUUCGAGACCAUGGUUCCUUCUCGCGUGGCGGCUAAGUUUGCAUUUGAGAUAUUCGAUUGGGACAGGGUCGGUACCGCAACUUCCUUGGGUGGGAACAUAAUCGAUUUAGCUGUUCUCGAACCUUUUGAAGCUACCGAGGUCUCUUUACCUGUUAUCACUGAAAAGCGAGGAGAGAAGGGCACUUUUACAUUCAGAUUGCUCUUCACCCCUGAAAUCAUUGCUCGAGUGCGUCAUAAUACCAGCUCCUUUGUCUCUGCCGGUCGAGCUAUCACACAAAUUGGGGGUGUUCCUCUUGGUGUUGGCAAGGGCGUUAUUCAUGGCGGGGGUGCCGUCGCGGGUGGCGUCGCUCACGGCCUGGGUUCCGUCGGCGGGUUUGCUGGCCGUCGCAUUGGCCUGAUCAAGAAAAAGGACAAAUUAACGGGAAAAGAGGUCGUCAUCGAUCCUGUUACCGGCACUUCUGUUCCUGUAGCUCCUGGUACCGAAAUUACUCCCGCUAUUGGCGAAAGUUCUGAUGUUGCAGCAGGUCAGACUUCUGCUCCCGUUGGCGCUAAUCUCGAUGGGGCCGUACCAGGUCAUCAUGCAACAACAUUACCAGUAGGGGAGAGUGCUAGUCCUCAGCAGCCAGGGACUCUCGGUGUGACCGUUAUCAGCGCCAAGGACCUCAAGAGUAAUAGGGAAGGCAGUGUAAAACCUUAUGUUCAGAUCAAAGCGGGAGGUAAAACUGUGAAGACCGAACACGUCAAAGGCUCUGCUCCAGAAUGGAACGAAAGUUUUUCUUUCAACCUAACUCCUAAUAUAAAGUCUUUCUCCGUGACUGUAUGCGACCACCAUACCCUCGGCAAAGAUCCUGAACUUGGCGAGGCUGAAGUCGAUAUAUGGAGACACAUCCGACCUGCCGUACCCGAUGCCGACGUUUGGGUUGAGCUCAGUAAUGGUACAGGCCUUUUGCGUUUGAAAUUGGACUGGAACACUGGCUUUGCAAACCCUACACCCAUGAGGUUGGGAUCCAGGAUCAGGACACCUAGCGUCAGCUCCAAAUCUUUACCAGAUAGUCCUGGUCGAUUCUCUAUGAAGAAGAGCAAGGAAUGAGGGUAUAUAGAUAUGCUUGCUGCACACGAAUCGUAAUUUUGUUUGAAUGAAGAUAUAUGGGAUAUAAUCCUUCUAUUAAUAGCCAAAUCUAUCUGUCUGUACUGGGAUGUGCAAAUUUGUACAAUAACUGUCUCAUCAGAGUAAUGGUUCUAUUGCGUGGUG